AUGGAGCAGGCUACCAGAGAGCACUUUUACAACCACGGCAAAAAACCAGCUAGCCCAAGCGAAAACUGUCAUUGGUGUCAGCUGCGCUCGCUGCCAAUUCAAGAAACCAUCCCCAUCACCAUUGUCAACGAUGUAGACAGCCAAGUCCUCCCCAAAGACUUCCGGUUCAUCAGCAGCAUGGUUCUGGGUAAAGGAGUCGAGGCCGCAGAGGAUAGUUUCCGCAGUGGCUGCUCCUGCGCCGAAGAUGGCAGUUGCCAAUACACAGGCUGUCUCUGCCUCGCCGACCUGGAGGACGAAGACAUGGACAUGAAUGGCGGCGCCCAAAAAGCAUACGCAUAUCAUACACACGGUGCAAAGUCGGGACUAUUGCGAUCUCGGUUGCAAAACUCGACUGUACCCUUGUACGAAUGCCACAAAGGCUGCGCUUGCUCCAGCAACUGUCCAAACAGGGUCGUCGAGCGUGGCCGCACCGUGCCUCUACAAAUCUUCAAAACAGAAAAUCGCGGAUGGGGAGUUCGCUCGCAAGCACCGAUAAAAAAAGGCCAGUUCGUGGAUCGCUAUCUUGGCGAAAUCAUCACUGCACGGGAGGCCGACCGUCGCCGCGCAAACUCGGCGGUCUCCCAGCAGAAAGACGUCUAUCUUUUUGCUCUCGACAAAUUUACCGACCCAGAAUCUCUGGAUCCACGAUUGAAUGGCCCUCCGCUAGAAGUUGACGGCGAGUUCAUGUCGGGGCCGACCCGUUUCAUCAACCACUCUUGUGAUCCCAACCUUCGUAUUUUUGCCCGCGUCGGCGACCACGCAGACAAACACAUUCAUGACCUUGCAUUGUUUGCCAUCAGGGAUAUUCAACGUGGAGAGGAGCUCACCUUUGACUAUGUUGAUGGCGUCAUCGAAGAGCAAGAUGAGUUGGACGGCAACGUGGAGGGCAUGACACAAUGCCUCUGUGGAACUGCAAACUGCAGGAAGUUUCUUUGGUAA